UGACGUCACACUCCCAUAAUGCACGCGCUCUGAAACUCCAGCGCUGCACUGGAAAACCCAGGCCCUGAAAAUAAUAAAAUAGUUUUACAAAAUAUCUCAGAGAAAAGGAACAAGAACCGAUUCCCGAAAGUUUUAAAGGGCUGUAAUCAUGAAGAACUGCCACUCACAUUCAACCCCUUCUCUGGCUGGUGUGGCUGGAUGAGACCGGGAGAAGAACCACACAACUUACCCAAGAAUUACCCUCUGGAGAGACACACACACACACACACAUACAACUCACAUAAGCUCAAGUAGGUUCAUACACAUCCAGUCCGAGCUUUAACGGCUGAGUGUUUGACUCCUCUCCUUUCAUCGCCCAGGCCCUAUUGGGUUGCUAUGGCAGCUGCUGCUGCAGAACCACCCCAUCUGAUAGAGGCUUGUACUGGAAAGGGAGACAGGCGGACAGACCGUCGCCUGGAGAGAGUACGAAACACUCCACUAACAGCAUUCAGCAGCACUCAACACCCCACUCUCCAUUAAGGGUGGAGCCAAGGUUGUCAAGUUUGAAGGUCCUCUCUUAAAAUACCCCAUGAGUCUGCUCAGGCUUAUGCUCCGUUGCCCUCUGCAGAAGACCCAGCGCUGUUCCCUCUGCUAGAAGAUGUUCCAACAGAAGGAGCAACUGAAAAGCCACCUGCAGGCCCAUGACGCCAACAGGCAGGUGUUCCAAUGCCAGGAGUGUGGCAAACAGUACAGCACUCAGCUGGGUUACCGGCGCCACCUUCUGGCCACUCACACCCCCACCUCCCUCUCUGGUGAGCUCCAUUUCCAGGAGGGAGAGCCCACCCUGCUGGAGCAGCUAGGGAGCCACACCGACAGGCCUCAGCCACUGGGGGGUGCCACCGACGCAAUCAGGGAGAGGAAGUAUUCGUGCGAGCGUUGCGACCGACGCUUCUACACCCGCAAGGAUGUGCGGCGCCACGCUGUGGUGCACACGGGCCGCCGGGACUUCCUGUGCCCGCGCUGUGCCCAGCGCUUUGGCCGCAGGGACCAUCUGACACGCCACCUGAAAAAGAGCCAUGUCCAGGAGGCCACACCCACCACCCCCACAGCCACACCUGCCCCCACCACACCUGGCCCCGUAAAGGAGGAGCAGAGUCCUGUGUCAUGUGGCAUGGGGCCCACCUCAAAGGAUCCCAUAGAGACCUUCCCCAUGGACAUGUACAGCAGCUACCCCCUGCAGACCAUGUCCAAUCCAGGCAUGGGCCACCAUCACCAUUCCCUCAUGCAGGUUUCCCUGUCCACGGCCAUGGGGGUGGGCCGCCACAUGCCGGACCCAGCUCCCCAUCCCCACCACCACCUUCCCCAGCCCCAGCAGCAACAGCAGCCUUAUGGCCACAUGCCCAGGUACCAGCAUGGAUCUACCUCAUACCCCCACCCUGACACGGAGAGCUUUCUCAUGGACCUGCAGAGUGGGCUGCCUCCACACCUGACUGCAGCCUCCUCCUCUACCUCCUCCUCUCCUCAGAGGGAGGUGCUCUCAGAAGCCCAGGGUGGGCCAGGGGCCGGGGACCCCCACAUUCUGUCCAGGAGCCCCGCUCUCUCCUCGGCCGAGUUGUCAUGCGCUGCUAACAUGGACCUGGGUCCUCUCCUGGGCUUCCUGCCGUUCGGCUUGCCUCCCUACAGUGCUCAUAUGAGUAUGGGAGGUCUGGUGAUUGGCUACCCCUCUAGCUCCACCUCCACUGAGCCGCCCUCCUCCUCCAGUCCCCUGCCUUCUCAGGCCCCAGGAGGCCUUACCUUCCUGCAGCCUCCACAACCGCACGCACCCCAGGGUCCCGGAACCCACAACCACAACAACAACCAGCUACCUCAGGGGUUCAGCAACCCUGGAAUGAGCACUUCCACCUCCCUACCUCGCUACUACCAGGCCUUUCAACAGUGAGCAGCCUGAUACCAUUCUAACACCAGGCCAAGGGGACACUUCAAAUAGUCACGAAUAAAGCCUCCAAUAGAAUAUGAGUGUUUAGAACAGGGAUGGGCAAGUGGAAUUUUGUUGUCCCCUUUCUUAACAGCGGAGAGGGAGGGGGGGGGGUUACAGUUAACAUGUUUAGCAAUGGGGCAGAGUGAAGAUUUAGAAAUUUUAUAACAAAUUUCAUUCAUUUCUACAAAUGUGUGCAUUGAUGCAUUGGUGCAUUGAUCCACAGGUCAGUUGCCCAUCCCUGGUCUAAAAUGACCAGAAUACACAAGUGAUACAUACACUAUAUAUACAAAAGUAUGUGGACACCCUUCAAAUCAGUGUAUUGGGCUAUUUGCGCCACACCUGUUGCAGACAGGUGUAUAGAAUCGAGCACACAGCCAUACAAUCUCCAUAGACGAACAUUGGCAAUAGAAUGGCCUUACUGAAGAGCUCUUACUUUCAACGUGGCACCGUCAUUGGAUUCCACCUUUUCAACAAGUCAAUUUGUCAAAUUUCUGCCCUGCUAGAGCUGCCUCAGUCAACUGUUCCAGAUAGCAGGUGUCCACAUACUUUUCAUCGUGUGGUGUAUAUGCUUUCAAUGUGCUUGCAUUUAAAAAAAUAUAUUUAAAAAAUACAUACAUUUUCAGUCUUUAAAAACGAUGCUCAUUAAGCUUUCGGUGGCAAUAAUUUCCAUUAUGACGUUGAACACAAUGAACCACCUCAUCAGUAUUACCUCAUCCGAUUAAAAUAAACUUGAGCAGAAGGAGAAUAGUCUUUUAGCAACCCAAAUGUUGUUUUACUGGAACCUGUUAGAAAUAGGCCAAGUGGUUGCACUUUGGAAAGAUCGCGUCAGGUCUAUACAAUGUGGACAUAAGUGCUACAUGACACCUGCCACUCAUCUUGAUUAUUUUUUUUCAACAAUGUGAUUUACUUUGAUGACAAUUGUUAUGCUAGAUAUAUAACAUCAGUUUGCAUAACAUUGUACUUUUGUGUCAUCAUGUAAUGCUUAUUUAUACAAAAACUAGACACGUUUAAUUUUUAAGUUACUUUAAAGAAGUUUCCUCUACCCAGUACCCCAUUCCACUUAUUUGGUCUGUUCCAGACAGUUUUAGCACACUGGUUCAAGUAAUCAAGGGCUUGAUUAUUAUAAUAAACUGGGUGGUUUGAGCCCUAAAUGCUGAUUGGCUGAAAGCCGUGGUAUAUCAGACCGUAUUCCACGGGUAUGACACAUUUAUUUACUGUUCUAAUUACAUCGGUAACCAGUUUAUAAUAGCAUUAAGGCACCUCAGGGGUUUGUGGUAAAUGGCCGUUAUACCAUAGCUAAUGGCUGUAUCUAAGCACUCCUUAUUGAGUCGUGUAUAAGAUCAGCCUUGAACCGUGGUAUAUUGGCCAUAUACCACACCUCCCCGGGCCUUAUUGUUUAAGUUGACGUUUUAAAUCAGCUGUGCGUGUUCUGGUAUAGACCAAAUAAGUGGAAUUGCAGGGGGUACUCGAGAGGUUUGGCAAACACCUCUUUAGAGAGUUUUACUGAAAUGGGUUUCGUAUUACUGCAUAUCAUUGACUGUAUCCUGUAUUCAGUGAAAUGUCGCACCGAUGUCUUAAAAAAUGCUACUGUUGUGCCUCUUGGAUGCCUACUCUCGACUGUGUUAAAGCACUUAUGACAUUAUGAAAGGAAAGAAUUGAUGUCUUAAAAAAUGUUUUGUUCCUUUUACCUCAACAACAUGUUCUCCUAGAUGAACAGCUAAACAGAAUUAUGUCCUGUGGGGUUAGGGUAGGUCUAUAUCUUUCCAAUUUACUUUGGCUCUGAGUUGUGCCAUUAGAUCUAAAGUGAAAAUGUAGGUUUUAUGAAUCUAGUUGCUUUUUUUUGUUGUUGAUACAACAUACAGUGAUAUUAAUUGACCCAUAUUCUUUCUACCUCUAUACUAUUAUAGUAUAUGUUAUUUUUUUUCUGCCAUAUUCUGUCACCGGUGUAAUCUAAAAAUAUAACAAGAAGUGUAACAAGCAGUACGGAAAAUGUUGUAUAACAUCUCCUUGAACAUUGUCUCUUUUACCAGUUCUCAUGUAUUAUAUCCUAUCCUGAUAUGUAGAUCUCUAUUCCACACCCAUGUUUAUUUUAUACUUGUUUGCCGCAUUCCAGACUGACUACAUUGCAGAUGCCUGCCAGAUCUCACAACACCUGGAUAGGUGUUUUAAGAUAUCUGCCAACCACAUCAUAUGAUAUAGCAAUCUGAUGCCCGGCUGUACAGUCGAUGACGUAACAUGCCACCAUUGGUUGAUGCAAUGCACCUGUCUGCAAUGUAGUCGGCCCGGAACGUGACCGUUGACUACCUCAGAAAAGAGCAACUUGUUACUCUUCAUAUUAUUGUGUAGAGUUUAUUUUUUGUCAGUUCAACGAACGCACACUUUAGUUCUAGAUUUGUUUUGAGGUUAGCUUAGCAUAUUGACGGAAGGAUGUUAGCACAAUAAUUAAGUUCCCAUUAUAUUAUGUUAAAUGGUGAUUUUGUUGUAUUGAAUUGCGGUGUUGCCUGCAGUAAAAUGAGCUACUAUUUAGGCAAACAUCCCCGUUAGCUUUUAGGACUACCCUCUUGCUGUUAGUACCAUCACCCUGUAGAAGAAGUUACAAAAUAAGAAUUGCUCUUAUCAUAUUAUCUUUGAAGCAUUUUCUUAUUGUCAGAAUGUGAACAUUAAAGUAAACAAAUAGAUUGAUAUUUCACUAUCGAACACAUUUCCUCUAUAGGUGUAAUGUCAUUUGUUUUGGCAUGAAUUUGCUUCCAUACAUUUCCACACGAAAAGGUACAAACAUUAAAGAACAUUUAUGUA